GCAUUAUAUCUCACAAAUAACACAACACAAAAUUAAGUAAAAAUGAAGUUAUCAUUUCUUUAUCUUUUUUGUGCCAUUUUAGCCACCACCACCGCUGCUGACGAAAACCAAAAACAGUUCCUAGACGUGCACAACGCCGCCCGUGCGCAAGUCGGUGUGCCACCCCUUAAAUGGAACACCACCCUUGUGACGUUCGCGCAAAACCUGGCCGACAAAGUCAAGCAAACAGCCGAUGACCUGGUGAAGUCCGGUAGCCCUUACGGCGAGAACAAGGCCGCCGGCUACGGCGCUUUUUCGACGGUUGAUGCGGUUAACCAGUGGGUGGCGGAGAAACAAAACUAUGAUCAUAAUUCAAAUGUUUGUUUGAAGGGUAAAGAAUGUAAACAUUAUAAACAGGUGGUUUGGAAGGACAGUUUAUCUGUUGGGUGUGCUAGUAUUAUUUUUGGUGCUGGUUGGCCUUUUGUUGUUUGUGAAUAUUAUCCACCUGGCAACGUUCCUGGUAAAUUGCCUUAUUAAUAACGGAUUUUUCAUGAAAUACCCCUGAAUUUUUGCAAAAUUCACCAAAUGCCCCUCGACUUUCAGAAAUUCACCAAAUGCCCUUCACUUUUUUAACAAAUACACCAGAUACCCUUAUUUAUGAACUUAAUGCACAAGAUGCCCUUAAUGACAAUUUUCCGUUAGCUCCGUUAACUUUUCCGUUAAGUUUCUCCUUAACUAAACUAAUUAACUCCUAAUUAACCUAAUUAACUAUUUAAAAAAAAAAAAAAUUCCAACCCAAAGUAGGAGGAUUGUCUUGAAAGUCAAAACUGUAAACAUAGUUCAAGCUUGAAGCUUUCACCUUCGUCUUCCCCAGCACCACAAACUAGUUAGAUUAGACUAACCCCCUCACUCAUUCUCUUUCUCUCUCCUUUUUCCUCUUUUCUUUGCCUCCAUUUUCUUGAACCCUUUAACUAUGAAUCUAUGAUCAACCCCUUGAAUUUAAUUCAACACUUAUUCCAGAAGAAAAAUUGUUCUUCAAACCCCACCUUACCAUACUCUUCUUCCUUUUCUCUUUAUCUCACCUCCUCACCUCGGUUUCAUCAUGGAAAAAAGACGAGUUUCACAAUUGUAAUCAAACCCAAUUUUGCAAUCGACCUCACUCUCGAAAACCCAAUUCAUGCUUGUUAAUCUCCACCGAUAUUGGAAUCUCUGACAGCAAUCUUGUUGCGAAGUUGAUCUCCAAAACCCCACCUCAAACUAAUCAAGUUUCUACGAAUUUUUUGAAUUCUUCGAAUCAGGAAGAUGGGGUUGAAGAUCUUGUUCAAAAACCCUUGAUUUUCUUUAUCAAAUGGUUACUGGUUAGAUUAAAAAUUGGGGAUUGAUCGAAGAAUGGAAUACCCAAGUAGGCAAUUAAUUGAUCUUCAGAUUUCAAUGGUGAGGAGAAGAGGAAGAAUGAAGGGGGGAGGAGAGAGAUUGAGCGGCGACGAAUGGAAGGGCGCGCCAGCGGGUGGUGGUAAAGGCAGUUGGCAAGGGCUCGUAGAGGUGGUGGUGGUGAAGAUAAGAGGAGAGAGGAAUAAGGGGUAGUGAAGGGGAGGAAGAGAGAGAAAGGGGAUGACCAUGAUGGUGAGCUACCAUGGCUGCCAUGGUUUUCAUCUGGGAGUAAGAAUGGAAGAUGGUGAGAACAAAACAUAAGGGGAAAAAAAUAAAGGAAAAUAAGUUUUUUUUGACUUUUUAUUUUUAAAUUUAAUUAGGUUAAUUAGAUAAAUAUGGAUUAAUAGAGUUAAUUAGGGUAAAGUUGACGAAAAUCUAACGGAAUUGACAGAAAAUACUCAUUAAGGGUAUCUGGUGUAUUUGUUAAAAAGUGGAGGGCAUUUGGUGAAUUUCUGAAAGUCGAGGGGCAUUUGGUGAAUUUUUUUAAAAUUCAAGGGUAUUUCAUGAAAAAUCCGUAUUAAUAAUUGGAUCGGAUUGGGCUGGACUAGACUCAACCAUCAGCCUAAAAUUACAGUUUUGGGGUGACCUACAAUAACCCAAAAAAUGAUUUUAGUUAGAAUGUGAUUUUAGUUAGUUUUGGAUCAUAUUGUAGUUCAUCACCUUAUGGCAUGGGUUUCUAAUUAGAUGAAUUAAUAAUGAGAUUGAAUAAUAAUAAUAAAAAAAAAAAAGGUUUUAAUUUUAUGAAUGAA